CUCUCUCUCUCUCUCUCUCUCUCAAUGGCGACCCACUCCAAGCCCACCGGCGAACCCGUCGUCAUCGGGUACCCGGCGGCGGGAAUUACAGCGCCUCUCCCGUCCGCUACCGCGUACACCUACGCCACGCCGCGGCCCGACCACUACUACGCCGACCCGCGCACUGGCGCCGCCUUCUCCGCCAACCACAACCUUCUCCUCUACCGCAUCCUCAUCGCCGCUGCCGUCGCCUUCCUCCUCGUCGGCUUCAUCUCCUUCUUCCUCUGGCUCUUCCUCCGCCCCAGCGCCCCCGUCUUCAUCGUCUCCUCCGCCACCGUCUCCGCCUUCAACCUCUCCUCCCCCUCCGGACCCUCCCCGCAGCUCUCCUCCUCCUUCAAUCUCGCCCUCAACGUCUCCAACCCUAAUAAGAAGAUGGGCGUCAACUACUUCCACGUCGCCGCCGCCGUGGCAUACGACGGCGUCAUCCUCGCGGAGACAGCACUUUCCCCUUUCUAUCAGGAGGGAAGAACCUCCACCACAUUGCAGGCAACGCUGGCAACGCGGCAGGAGUCUGUGGGUCUUGACGUGGCGAGGGGGAUGUCACGCGAUCGUGCGACCAGCGGCGCCGUCCGGUUCGACGUGAUGGUGGAGGCGUGGGUUUGGUUUAAGACGAGCGCGUGGAGUACGAGCAGCAGCGUGAUGAAAGUGUACUGCGAGGGCAUCAGUAUAUCGCUCAUCAACGAGACGGUCACCUCUGGAUCGAUGGCUGGGCCAACAAAGCAAUGUCAGGUCAACAUAGGAUGAUGAAGAAGCUGAACUAAAACGAUGGUCAUAUGUGGAACUGACUGAUUCAAGAAGGCAAUACUUGAUGGAAGGGAAGCCUCCAAAGAUCACAGGAGGAUACAGAAUAUAAGGUCUGCUUUUAACUUAAUGUGACUCUGAGAACUCUAGGGUUUGGUCAGGGAUGAGCCUAACAUGCUUUCCUCUUUAGAUUUACCAACUAUCCUCUGCAUUAUUUGCACUAAUCAGCUAAGAACCAUCUAUAUUACCAGUGCUUUCUACUGCCUGCAGAGCUUAAUGUUCU